AUGAAGAUGCAGUUUUACAGUGACAGAGACCCCCAGGCCACUGGGUUCUUUAAAGUGAUGGUAGAAUUUUGACAGUUGGUCCACUUCAAGAAGAAAGCUAAUGGCUAUGUGGACAAAGAGAGCAAGUCUCUGAAGCUGGUGGCAGCCACCAAAGCUGUCUUGGCUCAGGGCUAA